AUGGAUUUCGAGGAGCCGACACUUUGCGACGAUUAUCUCCCGUUGGACAUCGUCACUUUUGAGGCACAACUGCAAUAUCGGGGAUUGGGGAAAAAGGUUAAAGCCACAAUCCCACUGCCAUUACCCGAUUCGAGCGAUGCAGACGAAUUCAUUGCUCACAUUGUCACGACACAGAAGAUCCCUGAUCCGUUGAGACCCGAGCUAAAGAAAAAGUUCGAGGAGUUCAUCGAAAAAGAAAGACAGAGAUUGGAAGAUGCGAGAGAUGAUCAAUUAAUUCUCAACUCAAGAAUUGAAGAUCUUGAUCUGCAAUGGAGUCGCGUAUUCGAAGAACAAAACGAGAAACCAUGUACUUCAACGGCUUCUCAAUUCGGCGAUUAUUUUCUCUUCAUCAUGGAGAACUCGAGCGCCGAGAGAUUGACACUUUUGAUGGAAAAAGAAGUGCAAAUGGUUGAUAAGAUGAGCUCCAUCGUUCGUGCUCGUGACUGGGAAUUGGACUCGUUGAGGCGGGAGUGUGAGACAUUGAUGGAAUCAACGACUGGAGAUGCACAUCCACACGAAUUGAGUCGUUUGAAUGAGAAAAAUGCGGCACGUUCACAACACAUACACUUGCCAAAUCGAGGCGUUAUUGGAGAGGCAAAAGUUCAGCUAUCGGAAAAUCGUGACAACAAUGUA